AUGGAAUUUUCCCAGCGAGGCGGCCACAGGCUUCGGCAGCUUUUGCAUUGGCUUCUCUUUUACGCAGUCUACGAGUUAGGGAGCGGUCAGGUCCAUUACUCGGUGAUGGAGGAAGCGAAACACGGUACGUUUGUGGGGCGAAUCGCGCAGGACUUGGGUCUGGAGGUCGGGGAGCUGGUGUCGAGGUUGUUUCGGAUGGUAUCUCCAGAUCGCAGGGACUACCUGGAAGUAAAUGUGCAGAACGGCAUUUUGUUUGUGAAUUCUCGCAUCGAUCGUGAGGAACUGUGCGACCGGAACCCAGUUUGUAGCAUUCACUUGGAGGUGAUUGUGGACAAGCCACUGCAGGUUUUCCAUGUGGAGGUGGAGAUCAAGGACAUUAAUGACAAUCCGCCCAUGUUCUCCUUUAGGGAAAAGAAUCUGUUUAUUCCAGAAUCUAGGGUACUUGAUUCACUGUUUCCACUAGAGGGCGCAUCGGAUGCAGAUAUCGGAGUGAAUUCUGAACUCACCUACAGGCUAAGUCCUAAUGAUUAUUUCACUUUGGAUAUGCAAAACAAUGAUGAACAAAUUAAACCUCUUGGACUAGUAUUAAAAAACCUUCUAGACAGAGAGGAAACUCCCGAACUUCAUUUACUUCUUACAGCCACUGAUGGGGGCAAACCAGAGCUUACUGGUACAGUUCAGCUGCAGAUUACAGUAUUAGAUGCGAAUGAUAACGCCCCAAAAUUUGAGAAAAAAAUCUAUAAAGUUAAAUUAGCAGAAAAUUCGUUAAAUGGAACUUUGGUAAUGAAAGUAAGUGCUUCAGAUAUGGAUGAAGGAAUAAACAGUCAAAUAAUCUACUCAUUUGCGAGAGAUGUCUCCUCAAAUAUAUUGUCCAAGUUCUCAAUAGAUCAAAUAAAUGGAGACGUCAGAGUAAUUGGACAAAUAGAUUUCGAAGAAAGUAAAUCAUACGAAAUCCAGGCAGAGGCAACCGAUAAAGGAAUGCCCAAGAUGGUGGGUCACUGCACGAUCCUGGUUGAAGUAAUGGAUACCAAUGACAACGCUCCCCAAGUGGCAGUGAAGUCGCUAUCGCUACCGGUCCCAGAAGACUCUCCAACAGGGACAGUUAUAGCUCUCAUUAGCGUAUCUGACAAAGAUUCAGGUACCAAUGGACAGGUAACUUGUUCACUGUCGCCCCCCGGACCUUUCACUCUGGUGUCCACUUUCAGAAAUUACUUUUCUCUGGUGCUGGGCAGUCCUGUUGACCGCGAGAGCGUGCCGGCCUAUGAUUUGGUAGUGACUGCGAGGGAUGGCGGGUCGCCAGUGCUUUUGGCUACAGCCAGCGUGUCCGUGGCUAUUGCGGACGUGAACGACAAUGCGCCUGCCUUCGAGCAGCCAUUAUACACUGUGUUUGUAAAGGAGAACAACCCACCUGGAAGUCACAUCUUCACGGUGUCUGCAUCUGAUCCUGACGCUCUGGAGAAUGCGAUAGUGUCUUACUCGCUAGUGGAGAGGCGGGUGGGGGAUCGUCCACUGUCAAGCUACGUGUCUGUGCACUCGGAAAGCGGGAAAGUGUACACCCUGCAGCCCCUGGAUCACGAAGAUCUGGAACUGUUGCAGUUCCAGGUGAGCGCCCACGAUGCGGGAUUCCCUCCUCUAAGCAGCAAUGUGAGCCUGCAGGUGUUCGUGCUGGACGAGAACGACAAUGCUCCAAUCGUGCUGCCACCUCACUCUGGUGUUAACCCAGUGACCGAGAUGGUAUCACAAUCGGUGGCUGUGGGCCAUGUGGUGGCGAAGAUUCGAGCUGUGGAUGCGGAUUCUGGUUAUAAUGCAUGGUUAUCUUAUGAACUGCUGCCAGAAGUGGGCGUUGCACAUAUACCUUUCCGCGUGGGCCUGUACACAGGAGAGAUCAGCACUACACGGGUCAUGGAGGAAUUGGAUGGGCCAAGACAAAUGCUGCUGGUACUGGUAAAAGAUCACGGGGAGCCCCCUCUGUCAGCCACUGCCACUGUCAGCAUAUCUCUCGUGGAGAGCCAGAAGGCACUAAAGGCUUCCCCUGGAGUGUCCAGGUCAAUGGCAAGUGCAGGGAAGGCGGCAGUGGCACUGGACGUGAAUGUUUAUCUCAUAAUUGCCAUCUGCUCAGUGUCCAGCCUGUUGGUACUGAGUCUGCUGCUCUAUGUAGCGCUACAGUGUUCGGUACCCUCACAGGCUGUGUAUGGUCCUGGGAAGCCUACGUUGGUGUGUUCCAGUGAGGUUGGAAGCUGGUCCUAUUCCCAGCAGAGGAGGCAGAAAGCUUUCUCUGGUGAGGGAGGUGCCAAAAUUGAUCUUAUGGCCUUCAGCCCCAACUUCCCUCCAUGUUCUGGCCCAACAGACAAGAAAGAGAGAGAGGAAGCAGGGAGCAACAAGGAAAAUGAGCCAAAAAAUGCUUUGGAAAAGAUAAAUUUCAAGGUUAAGACAUCUCAGAGGUUAUGUACCCUGGAAGACUGA